AUGGCACAUUCAUUGGUUCAAUUAAAUGAUUUACCUGAUGAAAUUCUUAUGAUUAUUUUCAAAAAUUUGGACAAUGAUGAAGUACUCUAUUCUUUAAUAGGUGUUAAUAAACGGCUCAAUACAUUUGUACAUGAUUCAACUUUUACAAGUCACUUAACAUUGAUGAGACGUUUCUCCAAUAAUACCAUCCAUCCAUUAUCUGAUACAAUAAUUGAUCGUUUUUUACAAAUUUUACCUUCGAUUCAUCAUAAAAUCCAAUGGCUCGAUGUUGAAUCAUCUUCAAUGGAACGCAUUCUUUCUACAAAUUAUCCUAAUUUAUAUGGACUUGGUUUAUAUAAUCUUGAAAUAGAAAAAGCGAAACAUCUAUUUACUAGUAAGAUAUUUUAA